AUGGAACUACCAUUCGGGGAGUUUGAUAUUAUUUUUGGCAUGGAUUGGCUAGUGAAGCAUCGUGCGAAGCUGGAUUGUGCUACUAAGCGGUUGGUGUUGAGGACUGGGAAGGAUGAGGAUGUGGCCAUAAUAGGGGAGCGAAGAGAUUGUUUGUCUAAUGUGAUAUCGGCGUUAAGUGUCGAGAAGCUGAUUCACAAGGGUUGUGAGGCUUUCCUGGCAUAUGUUAGCAACUCUAAGACUACAAGUCUUUCUGUUAAGGAUAUUAGAACUGUUAAGGAGUUUUCAGAUGUUUUUCCAAAAGAGCUUCCAGGCUUGCCUCCAGACCCUGAGGUCAAAUUCGGAAUUGAGCAUCUACCAGGAACAACUCCAGUGUCCAUCGCCCCAUAUAGGAUGGCAUCAAGGGAGCUAGUUGAGUUAAAGGCUCAAAUUCAAAAGCUGUUAGACCGAGGGUUCAUUCGAUCGAGUAUGUCUCCAUGGGGAGCACCAUUACGAGGAGCUGCUGUGUUCUCCAAAAUAGAUCUUCGAUCUGGGUACCAUCAGCUGAAGGUUAAAGAAGCUGAUGUGUAUAAGACAGCGUUUAGGACUAGUUAUGGCCAUUACGAUUUCCUAGUGAUGCCGUUUGGGUUAACGAAUGCAGCAACUGCUUUAAUGGACAGGAUGAACCCAGUAUUUCAACCCUAUCUGGAUCAGUUUGUAGUAGUGUUUAUAGACGAUAUAUUGGUGUAUUCGAGAAAUGAGGAGGAGCAUGAUGAACACUUGCAGAUUGUCCUUCAAAUUUUGAGACAGAAGCAGUUGUACGCAAAAUUCAACAAGUGUGAGUUUUGGUUGCAAGAGGUGACAUUUUUGGGUCAUGUGGUGUCUGCUGAGGGGAUUAGAAUUGAUCAUUGGAAAAUUGAAGCUGUAUUAGGUUGGAAGUCACCAAAAAUUCUGGAGUCUGGGAAGGAAUUUACUGUUUACAGUGAUGCAUCACACGUUGGAUUGGGGGGCAGCUGGGAGGAUUAUUUGCUGUUGGUGAAAUUUGCGUAUAACAGCAGCUACCAGUCCAGUAUUCGUAUGGCAUCAUACGAAGCAUUAUAUGGUCGUAGGCGUCGUACUCCUACUUGUUGGACUGAACUGGGUGAGCGGCAGUACUGUUCUGAUCCCCCGCACGUCGUGCCUAUUGAGGAAAUUGAAGUUAGGCCUGAUCUAACUGUGGAGGAGGAACCAGUGCAAAUUUUGGAACGUGAUAUUAAAGUGUUGAGGAAAAAAUCUGUUCUGUUGGUCAAGGUGCUUUGGCGCAAUCACGGUGUAGAGGAGGCCAUGUGGGAACCAGAAGAACUACGCUACGUUAUUAUUAUUACUGGCAGCUCUACUGCGAUAUUGGUGUGCUGCUUGGGUGGGUCGAUUGAUAUCCCCACUGGUGUGCUGGUUGGUACAGGUGGUGUGCUGGAUGGUUAUGGGAUGGGUUGCAUUUUGCACUAUAUUGUUACUGAAUAA